GAUUGCUGGUAUAGCAAUUAGUGAUUGAAUCUGUCAAUGUGUUGUUGUACUGAAACUUAAUUAAAAUAAAGAAAAUCAAUGCUGUAUAUAUAUUAUUAAUAUCGUAAAAUAAAGUAGAAGAAAUAAGUACGAUUAAGUGUACUGAAAAAUAUUAUCCAAACUAUUGGGGACAAAUUACAUACUAAGGUUAUAAAUUUUGGUUUUAAAGAUAAUUACGUUUCUUUAUUUCUAAGUAACAUUUGAAGAAAAAACAGCGGAAAAUGACGAAAGUUGUGGAAUUAUGUCCUGAUAGAAAUUUAACAAAUCUAAAUUUUGAGAAAUAUCAAUUUUGUUCUGAUGAAGUUCCAAUAGACAGUGAAAUAAAUUUGAAAACAGAUAUACUUAGGUUAGAGUUAACAACCAAUCGUGAUUCCCUUUUAGAAACACGAUUGUUUGCUUUACAUAAUCAUUUAUUCAAAAAUCCAUACGAUACAUCAGUUUGGUUUAUAGAUAAAGAUUGGGUUGUGUGGCAUUUAAAAAAGGAUGGCAAUUUACAGCAAGUAUAUACAAUCCAUAGUUUAAGCGAAAAGAUACAGAAUUUUCUAUAUAAUCCAUCAAUUGGAUUUACUAGUAACAAUAUUAUUGUAAUCUCUGAUGGUGGAGACUGUUUAACAUUAUUAGUAACAGAUGCACAAGAACAUAUCAAAUCUUUUAUACUAAAUGACGCAGAGCCUGGAAUUAUAUUAGAUGUACAAUAUGUGAAUAGUAUAAGCGCUGUUAUGAUCGUAAUGUGUGAUAUUAGAAGUACAGGCGAAAAAAAAUUUACAAGACUAUUACUGCUAACAUAUAUUUGGAGAAAUGUAGGAAAUGAAGCUGAAUACUUUGAGCUAACUGAUAAAAAAGCUUUAAAAGUAAAUGGUUCUGUUGAAUAUGUAUAUAUAGAAGAAUGCGGAAAAUACUUGCAUUCUAUUUGCCAAGAUUAUAUAACAUUUGAAUGUCCAAAAACAAAACCAUUUACUGACAGUAGGAAGGAUAUAGAGAAAACUGGAGAACUAAAGAUCCCAAAAUAUUGUUGGUCUCAGGAUGAGGAUUCAAUAACAGUUUGGCUUACAAUAGAUAAACAUCAUCAUGAUAAAGUUCAAGUAAAUGUAACACCAUUGGAAUUAUCGGUAACAGUGAAUAAUAAUGUACUAAUUGAAGGGCAAUGCCAAUACAGAUUAGAUGAAAAUUUAACAACAUGGAGAUAUGAACAGGAUACAUUUAAACUUGAACUGUAUAAACAUGAAAGCGGUUUGAUGUGGAAUGAACUAAUUAAAGGUGAUAUUGGUGGAGAGUGUUUGCCUAAUGAAACUUUGGCUGCUGAAAUCCAUUUUAGGUUAGCACAUUUGUGUGCAGAUCAAAUAGAUAACAAACAAGAAGGUCAACCUUGUUUGGGAUUCAAUGCUGAACAACUUGAAGAAUGUGACCUUGAAAGAAAAGAUAAUCUUCUACAAAGAAUUGACCUUAUUACACAGAAAAAUACUCAUUUAGCUAUGCUUGGACUAAACAAUCAUGUUUUGUAUACGUACAAAACAAAAUCCGGACAAGCAAUAUGUUUAAGGCACGAUAAUGACGGUUGCUUAUGGAUAACUAACCAAGUAAAUGAUAUGGAAUGGAAUAUAAAGCAUCAUUACACCUUUCCUGGUUUUGGUUACGUUGAAGCAAGUAAAAGUAACAAAAAGUUUUGCCUUUCACCUGCUGAUGGUUCAUAUGUAGCUAUACUUGAGCACAUAAGAUAUAUAUUUCUUUAUAAAAGACCUGAAUCAAAUGUUGAAGUUGGUAAGCAAUGGAUUAUAGACUUAGGUAUUGAAACUUAUCCUAUUAUGGGAGCAGCUGCCACAAAUAGAUAUCUAAUCAUUCUAACUAAAAACAAACUGUAUCGACUAAAUAUUUAUAAUAUAAUUAUAAAAUAAAUUAUACAAUCAUAUAGUA